AAUACCUGUACUAUUCGAGCUAGCUUUGGAGUCGACUCCCGAAUCCCAACUACCUGAAACAGGAGAGUCGACUCUUUGUGUGGAUCGACUCAUAGGCACUUCUAAGGUGCGAUAUAAGGCAGCUUUUUUUUUUUUUUUUAAACCUUUAUCUAGCCUACCUUUGGACCCGGACUUCGGAUACACAGAGAGAAAGAGAGAGAGAGAGAAAGAGAGCGAGUGCGAGAGAGAGAGAGAGAGAGCGAGAGCGAGAGCGAGCGAGAGAAUGGAUCACCUGCCCUGCUGUUCACCCAGAGAGAGCAGCAGAACCUAUUUCAGUGUCGACGCAGAGAGAAGUUGCUGAUUUUUCUCCUCAGGUCUGUCCGGUUUUAAGCCAUGGAGGUGUGGAGAAGCUGGGUUGAAGAGGGGUUGUGUGAUUGAGGAGCGGAAAUGGAGGCUACUGCGUUAUUACAGGACAGUGAGAAGUUAACCUCAUCCAGGCCUAGACAAAGACACAGAAUCUCACUUCACAGUCUGUGUCCUGCAACCAGCCUGGGGAGAAACAAGGCAUCAGCUGUUGCUCGCUGACUACAGUGAAGAAAAAAAGUGUUCUUUGUGAAUGCUUCCUAUUCAGAGACGUCUCCCGUAGCAUUACAGAGCCUGACACCAAAGAAUACUGCUUUACUCUGGAUCAGACUGUGAACCCAGGCUGCCUUGAUGUUUGGCAUGAAUCAAGCCGGAAGGGUGCAGCUCUGUUUGCUUUUUUUCCAAUAUUUUUAUUAACUGUUCAGAAAAUCAAGAGGAUAUUUAAUCAAGGUUGAAUACACAGAUUUUGCUCUCUGUCCCUACCCUGACAUUGGCGGCAUUCCAGUCCCCUCAUUACAAACAACAUGUCGGAGCUAGACGCUACUCCUCCUCCGCAAGGCUUCCACCAAGCCGAUCCGUCCCGUAUUCAGCAGGAUAUCCUGGAGGAGCAGGUGGAGCUGUGGUGGUUCAGCGAGCCGCGGAAGUCUCUGAUGUGUUACUGCGCCUCUGUGGCCUUGGUGGUGGGCUGCGGCGUGGGUGGCGUCGGCCUGUUGUCCAGCACCACCAGCCUGUCGAGCGAGUGGCGUCUGGGCACGGGCACGGCACUGUGCAUGCUGGCAUUAGCCGUGGUGCUCAAGCAGCUGCUCAGCUCAGCCGUACAGGACAUGAACUGCGUGCGCAGCCGUCACCGCGUAGACGUCCUGAAAAGCGGAGGAUUGUCUGACGUACUGGUCGUGCUCCUCACUGGACUUUCCUUGCUCAUCUGCGGAGCUGUGCUGCUCAACGUAGCUCUGGGAUACCACAUGCCCAAACCGGGCCAGGCUCUCAAUGAUAUGUUUAUAUCAGGAGUGGUGUUAUUGGCAGGUGGAGGGUUCACGGUGGUGGCUGUCACCAUUUACUCAAUCGUGGUUUUCCACUUGGUGAGGGUCAGACCCGAGAGGAGCUUGAGAGACAGGAUGCUGGGAAUUUUCACUGUAUCGGGACAGAUGCGUAUCCGACGAGAUACAACGUCAAGCCUGGCACAACUCAUAUGACUGGAAUUCUAUAUAUUUUAUAUAUAUGGCUUGGGCAAAAGUACAGAAUCUAUGAAGAACUUGGGUUGUGAAAUGUUUAAAUCUUUAUUUUCCUCAGAAACUACACUCCAGAAGAGGCGAUCGAUAAAGACGCACAGCCCCUAGUGAACAUUUUGCACAGUUGAUUGAUGAAUGUAUAAAACUCCAGCAGUGAUGGUACAAAAUACAUACUGUAUUAUCUGUUUUAUUGCGCAUGCUUGUACUGGUCUCACUGUGCUCUGAAAACACGGCUGGGUCGGCCUUACUCCCAAACCCAAAGCCUUUUCUUGUUCUGGACCAUCAAGUUUUACACAGACCGAUGAAACUAUGAAUCAUUUUUUUUUUUUUUUUUAGAUAAAACAUGUUGGCUCCUCACAGCACAACCGUCGCCUUCCAAACAUGUAAAUGAGCUUCACCAAACAUCAAUUCACCAUCUGUGGGGAAUUGACUGUGUGUCCUUCACACAUUUAUUUAUGUGGGCGAACAGGCGUGUCCCAAAUGGAGAUCCAUCUGGACCUUGCUUGUCAGAGCUGUUUAAUGUGUGUUAGAACGCGUCAUCCGUGUCGGUUUGCAUGUUUGUGAUUUCAUACCGUGACCUCUCUGCGGCUCGGCGAGAGCAGUCCACACUAUCGAUCAGAUAAAACCAGCUCUCCACCCAGAAAGAGAGCGAAGACGCUGACUGUAUCUCAUUGUAUCUUAAAUUACAGCUGUUUAUUAUUAUCGACGUUGUUUCAUAUACCAUAAGCACAUUUAUAACCCUAAAAGUAAAACUUUAUUGCAUACAGUAACUCUUACAGUAAAAUAUGGAGGUCUGAUUAAAAAGUGUUCUCAAAGAUUUUUUAUUUUAAAGCCAAAAAUGUAAUAUGCUAUUGCAUUAUGGGACAUUUUAUUACAUAAUCAGAAUGUCAUUAUAUCAUAUGGCUUGAUUUAGAGGGAUUGAGUGCGAAUUAAAAUUUACCAAAACAUUUUGUUUGAAAAAACAAACAAACAUAAAUUGUUGUUAAAUAUGAAGAAUUCUAAAGAAUUACGUGUGCUAAAUGUUAAUAUUAUGAUGAAUAUGAUAUACAGUGUUGAAUCUUUAGGCAUUAUUAAAAUAAAUUCAUUUUAUUCUUCUCAA